UUUUUUUUUUGGCUCUGAUACCUUGACUCUUCCCAACCCCUUAGUUUAAAUAGUGACAAAGAGUGAACAAGUGUCACAUCUUUACCUGGGAUCCUGUUAAGAACAUCAGAAGUACCAGCAGUACACCUGUAAGCCACACCUGAGAAUAAAACUACACAUUUCAAGGAACUGCACAUCUUUUUGCUUCUUAACCCAAUUUCACCCAUCACUGAAUCGAGGACAAGAAGAUCUACAGGUAUGGACAACAGACUGAUCCUCACCGUCCUGUUUGUGACGCUGUCCUGGAUAUAUGUGGGCACCUAUGCUCAAAAUAACAUGAUGAAUGCAACAAACCCAGAGAACAACAUGACAACAGCAGGGGGAAGCAACGCAACAGCAGCGGGAAGCAACGCAACAGCAGCGGGAAACAACGCAACAGCAGCGGGAAGCAACGCAACAGCAGCGGGAAACAACGCAACAGCAGCGGGAAGCAACGCAACAGCAGCGGGAAACAACGCAACAGCAGCGGGAAGCAACGCAACAGCAGCGGGAAACAACGCAACAGCAGCGGGAAGCAACGCAACAGCAGCGGGAAGCAACGCAACAGCAGCGGGAAGCAACGCAACAGCAGCGGGAAGCAACGCAACAGCAGCGGGAAGCAACGCAACAGCAGCGGGAAACAACGCAACAGCAGCGGGAAACAACGCAACAGCAGCUCCCCCACUGACGCCCAACACCACAGUGGAGGCUCUUCAGACACCUCUUUCUAGGGCAGAAUGUGGGACCAAACAGCUCUGUGCGGCUGCGCCAUCUAACUGCGACCCCUCCAGUGGAUCAUGUUUCUUUCUUGCUGCCAAGCAGCUAAGCGGUCAAAACUUUGAGUUUGGGCUCUCAGGACAGUCACAAGGCUACAUCGCUGCCACCCUGUCACCUGACAGCACACUGGGAGGAAAUGACACAACAUACGUCUGUGCAAACAACAACGGUGUUGUUAAAUUCUUCAGCACUGUCCUCAACAAUGGCAAGCUGAUUAAGCGAGUGCUGAACGUGAACUCUGUGAAGGGCAAGGUCAAUGGAAAUGUAAUCCAGUGUACAUUUGCUGCCACUGUGCCAACCCCAGCUACUAGAGCAUCAACUCUCUCGCUCGCAAUCUCCACUGGAGCUUUCAACAGCUCUUCUGAGGAUCUGGGAGACCCCAUCACCCAAUUGAGGAGCCCUCCUGUAGACCUGGGAAAUCCUAACACCACUGUCACCAAUGAGAUUAACCCCAACACAAGUGCACCAAAUGUGACAACGGCAACAAACAACACAGCAGUGGGAAACAACACAACAGCAGCUCCCCCACUGACGCCCAACACCACAGUGGAGGCUCUUCAGACACCUCUUUCUAGGGCAGAAUGUGGGACCAAACAGCUCUGUGCGGCUGAGCCCUCUAACUGCAACCCCUCCAGUGGAUCAUGUUUCUUUCUUGCUGCCAGGCAGCUAAGCGGUCAAAACUUUGAGUUUGGGCUCUCAGGACAGUCACAAGGCUACAUCGCUGCCACCCUGUCACCUGACAGCACACUGGGAGGAAAUGACACAACAUACGUCUGUGCAAACAACAACGGUGUUGUUAAAUUCUUCAGCACUGUCCUCAACAAUGGCAAGCUGAUUAAGCGAGUGCUGAACGUGAACUCUGUGAAGGGCAGGGUCAAUGGAACCACAAUCCAGUGUACAUUUGCUGCCACUGUGCCAACCCCAGCUACUAGAACAACUAAUUUGGUGCUCGCAAUCUCCACUGGAGCAUUCAACAGCACUUCUGAGGAUCUGGGAGAACCCUUCACCCGAUUGAGGAGCCCUCUCAUAGACCUGGCAAAUCCUAACACCACUGUCACCAAUGAGAUUACGACCCCUAAUCACGCCAUUGCACUCCAGCAAUCUCUGACGCAAGCUCUGCUGAUCACUGUGGGUGUGCUAGGUCUGGCCAUGCUAUAAGGAAAGUGAAACCCCCAUGAGUCAAGACAAGAAAAUUAUAACUUCCCUAUUCAUAUACAUGUGAUUUUGAAUAUAAACUGCUAAAGAUCUCACAGGAGGUUCACUACAUACAGUGCAUCCCAGAUUAUUAUGAUCAUGCUUAAUUUUGUAUCAACUCACAUGCAGGUAAAAGUAGUGGUGGAGGGUGGUGACUCUUCUACAGCCUUCUGACUGCCUUCACAUCUGUUAUAGGCUCUGAAAGUAAAAUAAUUUUUUGUUUUAAUUUAAUGUUAUGUGUAAUCUAUUUUGGUUUGUUUUGUAACCAUGGGACUGCUGGAUUUCUGUCCUAAAGUAACUUAAUUCAAUGAAUUAAUUAAUUAAUUAAUACAUUAAUAAAUUAAUACAUUGACUCUCUGCCUGUGUAAAUCAAUCUAUGAAUUGUUAGAAUGGGGUACAAACGAGAGGCACUAUUACAAUUACAACCAUUAAGAGUAAUCAUUAUUUCAAAUCCAAAUCAAUUGUACCAGUACCUGGCUUUCACCAGCAGAUGUCAUGCUUUAUAUAAAUUUUGAAUUUGGGGUCUUGUUACCUUUUAAGCCCACAUUAGUACUGUCAGGCAAAAACCUCAUGACUUGGUAACUCCACGGUAACCCCUAGAGACAUCAAAUUAUUAAACUGUGAUGCCAGGAAAAUAUCUGUUAGCAAAUUUCAACAGUGCAUAAAUGUCAAAACUGUGUCAAAAAGCUCAGGAACUAAUGAAGAACUUUUUGUUAGCCAUGAUAUUCUUUUACCCUCAGAAUAGGUAGAUGUGCCCUUAUGAAGAACUAUAAAUAUUUUGCUUUUAUGUGUGUCACUACACAUUACAUUCAUGUGUUAUGUUUCUUGUGACACACACACAAGACAAAUAAAGAAACAACUUUUUUCUCUCUCUCCUGUCACUCAUAAUGAUGCCAGCAAAUGGCAGACGUGGUUUUGCAUUAUGUUAUUAUUAUUAUUAUUAUUAUUAUUAUUAUUAUGUUAUUGUCUUUGGUAUGAAUGUACGUAUUAUUGAUGAUUCAACAAUGACUUUACAAUGAAGCCUUCAUUGGCUGAUAUUUUCAUGUGUGUGUGCAUGUACACAUGAAAAGAAUGCUAUACACUGUAUAUGAUACCAAAUAUUGUUGUUUGCACAUUGUAACAAUUGAGUUUUAUUAUUACAUGUUUUUGAAAUAAAUGUUUUAGGCAAACUGA